AUGCCGUGGUGGGGAAGGAGGGAGCCGCUGGCACUUCCUGGUCCACUUGUCAUGUGGCUGCUGACGGCAGAGGGACGAAACGGCUCACCGCUCGCUCACGGCUCACGGCUCGACGGAGAUGGUGCCGCUGCCCCUGUGGAGACGGGACCCCAGCCGGGUGCACCCCCAUGUUCCCCUCCAUCCCACCCACCCGUGGUGAAGGAUGACUUCCAGUUUGUCCUCUGCGAGAUCUGCCAGAAGGAAUCGACCAACCUCAAGCUCCUCACCUGCCUCCACACCUUCUGCCUCAAUUGCCUGAGCGAGAACAAGCCUGUUGCUCAGUGCCCUGUGUGCCGGACAGCCAUCCCUCAGAUCACCGGCAUCCCUGACAUGGACAACCUGCUCUUCAGCAGCCUGCAGGCCAGGCUCAGCAUCUACAAGAAGAUCAGUGACAGCAGUGGCCCGAGCUGCGGCCGGUGCCAGCAGGAAGUGGCAGCAGUGUGGUGCUCCGAGUGUGACGAGUUCCUCUGCACCAAGUGCUUUGAGGACCACCAGUGGUUCUUCAAGAAGAGGAGCCAUGAGGCCAGGAGGCUGGAGGAGCUUCGUGCUGAGUCAGCCCAUCAGUUCCUGGAAGACACCAGAAAGUCCUGCAGCCUCUUUUGCUCCAAUCCUGGUCACGCCAACAAGGACCACAUCUCCAGCAUCUACUGCAAGAAGUGCGAGAAGCCACUGUGCUGCUCAUGCGCGCUGCUGGACAGCCAGCAUGCCCCCUUCUGUGACAUCCGCAGUGAGACCCAGCGCAAGCGGGAGGAGCUGGUCACCAUGAGCCAGGAACUGAAGCAGAAGAGAAGCAGCUUUGAGGCCAGCUAUGUGGCGCUACAGAAUGAGGCCCCGGAGCUGGAGCAGGCACAGCAGGAGAUGCGGAAUCUGAUCCGGCAGCGUGUGGAGCAGCUGGUGCGGCGCUGAUCCGGGUAGGAAGAGGAGCUGCUGGGACUGGUGGAGACGCGGCAGGAGCAGGGCCGGUGGGAGCUAGCAAGGGAGCUGCAGCACGUGGAAGGGGUGCUGCUGCGGAUGGAGGCGAGCGAGCGGCUGGUGGAGAAGAUGAGUCUCUACGCCACGGAGCAGGAGGUGAUGGACAUGCAGCCCUUCAUCAAGGACUCCGAGCGCACUACCAAUUCCCAAGCUAUCCCGAUGGUCGAGGUGGCCCUGGAGAACGACCUGCAACAGGAGCUGGUCCAGCCCGAGAGCCAGAGCAUCCUGCCCACCGUCGCCAUCAGCCUCAAGGAAACGCAGACGAGCCCGGCUCUCCCCGACGCCACAUGGCCCAGGCGGAGGUUCCGCUGCAUGGAAAGGGGCAGUCAGGUCUUGCCCAAGCUACUCAAGCUGGAGUGCGACAACGCGGCGGGCCCCAGCAAUCCCAGUUCAAACCAAUGGGAUGGCAGAAUGGGGCCCAGCACCUCCACACCGAGUCAGAACUGCAGCAGCAUCCCUGCUGCCAGCAGAGAUGAUACAGAAGACACCAGCAUCAUCAUCUGCAGCUCGGAGGACAGCUCAGAAGACACGGUGGCUUUCAGCAGGCCCAAGGACAUCAAGAAGCCCUCCAGCCCCACAUGGUCCAGGAGCAGCACCUCACCCCACCACAACACUGGCCCCACCAGCUCCUGGGAUGAUGGGUUGGAGCUGAGCACCUUGGUGUUCCUCAGCUUGAAGGUUGACCAGAAAACCCAGUGCAUCACGGAGGUGGCGGCGGCCAAUGGAGAACACACCUUCAAGACACUGAUUCAGACGCCCGAGUCGGUGCUGGCGCUGCUCUCCCAGGGCGUCCCCAUGGAGGUGGGGAUGCAGCACCUCCUCUGGUACCUCUCCCCUCUCCCCAGGCCCAUCCUCAUCAUAUAUAACUUCUGGGCACCAGAGCUGCCCGCUCUCUUUAAAGCCCUGGAUGCCACAGGCAGGAAAGUGGACUUCUGCCACAUUGUGGGUGGUUACGUGGAUAUGUUGUCCUUGAUCAAAGAAAAGCUGCCCAAGGCCCCUUCCUACAAGCUGAAGAACCUGCUGAGAAUGCACCUGAAGCGGCAGCUCAAUGAGAGCAGCACACUGGCCACGGCUAAGGCCUUGCAGGAGCUCUGGGGAACCCUGGAGCUCCCUGCCUGCGCCGACGCGGGGAUGAUGCUCACCCACUGCAACCUGCAGAGCUACACCGUCCUGUGGCCCCUGGUGCAGGAGAAGCUGCUCACCAGGAGAGCAGCCAAGAUCCUGGCCCGGCGCAACCUCAUCCUCUGGGAGCUGGAAGAGGCGUGA